AUGCUACAGGCUGCUGCGCGGCGCCUUUGCGCCGAUCUGCGAGCCUCGAAGGCUCCCCCGAAGGUGACUCCCCCGGCCUUCGGCAUGACCAAGGCCUUGGAUCACUGUGUUCCCGGGGUGUCUGGACCUGCACAUUGCCCUACAGAGCCUUUCGUGGGUCUGCAACGAUUGGUCGGCACGCAGGAGUCGAAGAAACUGUCGGGGCAAGUGGCUGUGGUCACUGGUGCCUCCCGAGGUAUCGGAAAAGGUAUCGCUCAGAGCUUGGCCGAGGCGGGGGCCAUCGUCUAUGUGACCGGAAGAUCCGCACCUGGCAAGGAGACCGAUGUCAUCCUCAUGGGCACCGUGGAUGAAACUGCCUCGACAUUCGGCAAGCUGGGCGGCACUGGCGUGGCGGUGCACGUGGACCACGCGCAGGACACACAGAACGCAGCGCUGGUGAAGAUGAUUUCUGAAACCCACGGACGCUGCGAUCUUUGCGUCAACAGUGCUUUCUACAUCCCGAAGCCGGACAUGAUUUUCUUCAGCACGCCGAUCUGGAACCAGCCGAUGCGAUUUCUGAAUGAGCAGACCUCUGUCGGUGGACUGAAUCACAUAGGCUUCACGGUGGGGCUUCUUCCGUGCUUGCGCCGUGGGCGUGGCGUUGUUAUCAACGUCUCCUCAUGGGGCUCUCAGAUGAAUAUCUUCCCGUUCCCGCUCUCCUACUAUUGUAACAAAGCCACCUUCGAUCGAUCAAUGAUGGCUCUCUCUGAACGUGUCCGCAACUAUGGUGUGCACAUCCUCACCUUGUGGCCAGGCAGCGUCAAGUCCGAGCGAAGCGUGAUGGGAGCGAAGCGAAGUGCGACCAGGCUUAUCGACCUCGAAACCGUCCGAUUUACUGGCAAUGCCAUCGUCGCUCUUGGAGCAAUGGGCCCGGAAACGCUCCACCAGUACUCGAUGAAGCAUCGUGUGCUCGCGUCCGCCGAUGUUCUGACCUGGGAGGUGGAUGGUUACUGCCACCAGGGAGAUCUACACACCUUCACCACGGGUGGCCGCGGAUGA